UAAAUUUGACAGCUGCUAACUUCGCGGUAUUGUUUCUUUAUGGUGUAACACAUAUGGCGACUUACUGAAGUCAUAAAUUGUGUAAAAUAUUGUGAAAAUAAAGUUAUCAAGAUGCAAUUGCACAUUCGUGGUCAAAGUCAACACAUUCUGGAAUGCGAAGGAACGGAAACUUUUUAUCAAAUAAAAGCAAAAUUGGCUGCAUUAGAAGAUUUACAGGCUACAGAAAUCCGUUUAUACUCACAAGGAACUCCUAUUUCUGAUGACAGUUUUGUACGAGAUUUUGAACAAGCAGAUAUUGAAUUGAAUGUUGGCCUGCUGGGUGGUAAAGUCCAUGGAUCUUUGGCUCGUGCAGGUAAAGUGAAAGGUCAAACUCCAAAGGUAGAGAAGCAAGAAAAGAAAAAGAAGAAGACUGGUCGUGCAAAGAGAAGAAUUCAGUACAAUCGAAGAUUUGUGAAUGUUGUAGCAACCUUUGGACGUCGUCGUGGACCAAAUUCUAAUUCAUCUUAAAUGUAAUAUUAGUUUGAAUAAAAUGUACUUUUAAAAUAC